AUGAUUAUUACUGUGUUAUUACAAUUAUUUCGAAUAAUAUCAAUAUUGUAUUACAUAUUAUUAAAUAUUUAAAUUUAAAUCAUCUGAAAUCUGCAUUAUUAGUUAUUUUUUUUUGCAUAAGACGACAUGGACUCUUUAAUUUCUGAGAUGGAACAGUUGUUAUUGUCUGGUAGAGAGGACUCUAAUAUCCAAGACAUUAUGGGUGAAUCUGCAGGUAAAAAUAUUGAUGAUUUGUUAAUCGAAGCUGAUAAAAUAAUUGGUGAAACACUUCCAUACUUUCAAACAUCUUCAAAUACGAAUAAAGUUAUAACUUCAAAAAACUUUAAAAGUAUACAAAAUAAUACUAAAAUUACACCAACACAGCCUAAAGUCCAAAGGAAUGAUACAAAAAAAGUUAUUUUUAAUUUGAAUAGUAAUUCUCAAAGUACUUUGAUUCCAGAGAAACAUUCAAAAAUCCAUGGAAAAUUAACUAUAAACAAAUGUAUUAAAGAAGAGGAAAGAAAAAAUCUUUGUUCUUCAUCUUUAAAAAAAAGUACAGCCGAGUUAAAGGUUCCAGAUCCUGAAGUAAAUAUUAUAAAAUCCAAUUUUAAAGUGAGCUCAUCCAUGUUGGAAAAUCACAAUCGGCUACAAGUUAUGUGUAACAGACAUGAUAAAUUUGCUAACAAUAUGAAAACACCGGACCAAAUUAAUAAAUUAAAAACUGAAGAAGAAUUAAAAUAUUAUAAAAUGAAAAAUAAUGAACUUGAAAAAAAUCUUAUGUUUAAAGAACAAGAAAUUCACAAUUUGGAAAAUCGAUAUCAGCAAUUAAGUCAGUAUUGUGAAUCAUUUUUAAAAAAAAAUGCAAAAGAGACAUUGAAGAGUUACGAUUGUCAAUUAAAUGAACUAAUUGAACGCAAUAUGACUAGAGAAUCACAAUUGCAUACCAUAAUUGGUAAUCUCCUUGACGAAAUUGAACAGUCACAUAAUCAAUAUAGAAUAAAACUAUCAGAAAAAAAUAAACAAAUACGCAACUAUCUUGAUCAAAUAGAAACGAUACUUGAUAAUUUUUACAAAUUUAAAAGUAACAAUAUAAAAGUAUAACAUUUGAUUGGUAUUGACAUGACAAUCAUUUAAAAAAGAAAUUUUGCAUUGUGUGUGAACGGAUGAGUUAUGAACACAUUAAAAGAUUGAGUACAAUGAAGAUGAGCUGAUGGAUUUGAGUGAUGUUAAUGGUUAUAUAGUAUAUAUUAUGAUAUGUCUUAUACAAUAAUAUAACUGAUCAAAAAGUACUUACAAGUUAUUUUCCGAAAUCGUGCACACGUUUGCAUUCGAAUGUGAAAGAGCCAAGAAGAACACAACGCCAACUACGACUGAUAGAAUCCUAAAAUUAUACCAAUUGACAGUGUUAAUUUAACGAUAUUUAACCAUAUAAUUUAUACAUAUUAUAAAAUAGUCGUAUACGUGUACGAAAAUAUUAAUAAUUUCAUAAUAUUGUAACGAGAACAUAACCGUACGAAUGUAUAAAAAAUGUAAAAAAAAUACGAAUGUGCAAAGUAUACUCUUUGCUCCCAGUUCGUGAACUUACGUCUUAUUCAUCUUGUGUAUCGACGACGAUGUCCUAAAGUCACAAUACACAUCUGAGGACCUCGGCGAGGGCUUUUUAUACCAGAAAAGGUUGCUUUCAUAUAUGAUGCGUGUUUUCCAACCCAACGGUCUGUACUCUAUUCGUUAUGUUACCUAUUUAUUUUCAAACCCUUAUCUGGGUGAAACACAAACCACUUUCACCCACAGGACCAACUUAACCCUACACUUUAUCGUGGUGAAUAUUUUUCGAAUCAUUGCGCUCAGAGAUAUCAACGCGUGGCUAUAUUAUGUUAGGUGUAAUGUAUAUUAUUACCCUGCUGCACUGAUCCAUAAUAUUAUUAUAUGUGGAGGAGUAUUAAAUACGCUUGAAUGGACAUUGAAUCCGAUUAAUUUUUCGAACAUAUUAUGCCACAAAGUUUGAUAUAAAAAAUAUAUUUUAUGAUCUUCUAGUACAAUGUAUUUUAUGUACCAUGUUUAUUGUUUAAUCACAUAAUGCGGAAUAUUAACGAUACACGAUCUAUCACCUUUAUAGUAACCGAUAGAUAAAUGUAAAUUUUGCAACUUAGAUAGACAAUAUAAUAUUAUAUAAAUGUACAACUCGUUAAUUUCAUAACUUGAAAUUUAUUAUUUUCCAUUUAUUUGUAAGUAAUUUUAUAGUGAUUUAUACACCUAUUAUUAUUUUUUUAAUGACACAUCAUCAUACUAAGGUUAAUAUUGAAAUAUUUUAUUAUAUAUUAUGUUACAUGACAAUAUGAUAUAUUGAGUGUUAUUAUUUAUUAAACUACCUAUAUCCAAAGGUUAAUAUGUAUU